GAUGGUGUGAAUGAUGAAAGUUUUUUUUUUCGGCCCACCUUACCUUGGUGGGAAACAGCUGAUGUGUUAAUUAUAAAAAAAAUAUAAAAAUUUGCUUUGUAAAUUAAACAUCCUCAGAAUAUCUAAUACUGUUGAAAUCUUAGUACAAAUUGUUUUGUAAAAAGAUCUCAUUUAACUUUUCUUUUACAGUUGGCGUUUGCAGUGUCAGUACUGUAGUAAACCUACCAUGCUGACACCCAGUAUCAGCACACUGAAGAAAGUGAUGAAAGUGCUGAGAUCAGCUAGUAUCAGCACCAAGUUUAGUAAGGCAUCCAACACUGUCUGAAUUACCGAGUACAACUGUUAUCAGCACCAAGUUUAAUGAAGUAUACUACACCAUGUGAAAUACUGAGUACAGCUGUCAGCACCUAGUUUUAUGAAAUAUACUAUACUGCCUGAAAUACUGAGUUCAACUACUGCCAGCAUCAAGUUUAAUGAAGCAUACUAUACUGUCUGAAACACUGAGUACAACUGUUGUCAGCAACAAUUAACUUAAUAUAGGAUAACAUAAGAAAAACCUUCACUGUAGACCCUCAUAAAUGUGAGACAAUAUGGGGAGAGAGAGCACAGUAAGUAUAUUGUUUUGUGAAGUACAGUAAGUCUGUUGUUAUGUGAAGCACAGUAAGUCUAUUGUUGUGUGAAGUGCAUUAAGUCUAUUGUUAUGUGAAGUACAUUAGUGCAUAACAGACAAAAAUUACUGAUUUUUUUUGUGUGUUAAAAAUUUGAAAUAAAUCAGAGGCAACAUGAAGGUAAUGAAGAAACUCCAUCAGUGUUCUGUUUGUAAUAAAGUUUUUCCAAAUAAUUCUAAACUCUUGAGACAUAACGUUACUCAUACAGGAGAGAAGCCAUAUCAUUGUUCAGUGUGUCUGAAAGACUUUGCUAGAAAAUUCUCACUAAUACAACAUCAGAGAGUUCAUACAGGAGAUAAACCAUUUCAGUGUUUACUGUGUCUGAAAGACUUUGCUACCAAAGCCUCACUAAAUCAACAUCAGGUAGUUCAUACAGGAGAGAAACCAUUUCAGUGUUUAGUGUGUUUGAAAGACUUUACUCAUAAAUCCUCACUGAAACAACAUCAGAGACUUCAUACAGGAGAGAAACCAUUUCAGUGUUCAGUGUGUCUGAAAGCUUUUGCUAGAAAAACCUUACUAAAUAUACAUGAGAGAAUUCAUUCAGGAGAGAAACCAUUUCAUUGUUCAGAGUGUUUGAAAGACUUCACUGAGAAAUCUGCACUAAAGAAACAUCAGAGAGUUCAUACAGGAGAGAAACCAUUUCAGUGUUUAGUGUGUCUGAAAGCCUUUGUUAGAAAAUCCUUACUAGACAAACAUAAGAUAGUUCAUACAGGAGAGAAGCCUUAUCAUUGUUCAGUGUGUCUGAAAGACUUUACUUAUAAAUUCUCACUAGACAAACAUGAGAGAGUUCAUACAGGAGAGAAGGACUAUCAGUGCUCAGUGUGUUCACAACAAUUUUCAGUAAAAUGUUCUCUAGUGAGACACAUGAAGACUCAUACAGAAGAAACAACACAUGAGUGUCCAGAGUGUCAGAAAGUAUUUUCAAGUGACUCUCUUUUAGUUAAGCACAUGACACUUCAUAAAGAACAUAAACCAUACAAGUGUUCAAGGUGUCUGGAAAGUUUUUCCGAUAAAACAAACUUAGUAAAUCAUAUGAUAACUCACAUAUGAGGGAGAGUACAUAGCAAUGUGAAUGUUUUAAAAACUUCUUAAGAAAAUCUCGUCUUAUAAAACCUCAGGAAAGUGUUUUCAUGUGUUUCCUAGUGGUCACCCGAGUGUACUGGGGUCAUCUGACUCAGAGGUGCCACAUGUGCUACUACAUGCUAUCUAAAUUACAAUCAUGAGUACAUACCCAGUAUGUCAGGAGCCAGGCACAAUUGUUGGCUGACUGAUACUGACUCCAUGCUGGCUAGGAGUCCAGUAUGGAAAAUGGUGUGGAAAUUAGCAGGCAGGUCCUUCAGGUACUCAAAUGAAUCAGUUCCAGUCCUCUACAUUGCUGGUGCAGAAUUACCAGAUUACACUGAUGUUGCAAUUUCUAAAAUAUGUCAUAUUGUUUAUAUUUUCCUUGUGCACACCUGUCUCCUGCUUUACAUCAUUCUAAAUUCCUUUUGUAAUUUACUUUCUUUAUACUAUACCUCUUGUCAUUAAAAUAUAUGUUCUAUGUACCAUCCUUGAACUUGUAUGAGCAUUGUUUAAGUGUCAGCCUAUUACAGCUGGUCAUGAUUGUUUACAUGUUUUCAUAAAUAUGAUUAUAAUGAAUUACCCAAGCUAUACUGACUAAAAUUAUAUACUAGAUCUACAUAUGAGUAGUAUGUAAGACUUAUGAUUAGUUUACUUGAAACAUUUGUACAUAAUUAGUGGUUUUCUUCCAAGUCCUAUAUUGUACCAGAUCUCCACAUUAUAAUAACUGUAUAAUAACUUAUAAUAACCAACUUGCAUAACUCAUAAGAAAUAAAAAAUAAUGCUUA